AUAAUAACGUCCGACCAGAAACACGUUUCAAACUGGAACCACGACGCUGGUGGGAGCCGCAAAGAAUGUAACACUGUAAACAUCACGGAGCUGUGACUCUUUAAAGUUAGAGAAAAAACAAAAACAAAUGCUAAGAUGGGAGAGGUGUCUGCAGACGCCGUCACCCUGGAUCUGCUGAGAGACGCCAGGGAGACGGUGAGAAGCAGCCCGCUGGGUGUUAUCAACACUCCCACAAUCCCCUGGUGCCAGACGACCCUGCCUCUCAACAUCCACUGCAACAUCCACAUCAAACUGGAGAACAUGCAGAGAACUGGGUCGUUUAAGAUCAGAGGGGUGGCCAAUCAGUUUGCCAGGAGACCGAAGGGUGGUCAUUUUGUCACCAUGUCUGCCGGGAACUAUGGGAAGUCUUUUGCAUACGCCUCAAAACACUAUGGGUCAAAGGGGAAGGUGGUGAUGCCGGAAACUGCCCCAGUGUCCAGAUCCAUCCUCAUACAGAGUUUUGGGGUGGAGGUGGAGCGUGUUCCUACCUCCUGUCUGAUGAAUGUGGUUAACCGCAGUGUUCAGGAGGACAAUAUGACCUUCCUGCACUCCUAUGAUGACCUGGAUCUAAUAGCAGGACACGCCAGUCUUGGCAUGGAGGUGCUGGAGGUGAUGCCUGAGCCCGACGUGGUGGUGGUGUGCUGUGGUGGAGGGGGCCUGCUGGCCGGUGUAGCUGCUGCCAUCAAACUGUCAGGCUGUGACAAGACCAGAAUCUACGGUGUGGAACCAGAGGGAGCUUGUACCAUGUACAAAAGUUUCAUUGAGAAGAAGCCAGUGGGCAUGGACGCCAAGAGCAUCGCCUCGGGACUUGCGCCACCUUUUGCAGGCACACUGCCCUUCGAGCUGUGUCGGCGUUACGUGGAGGGGAUCGUCCUUAUAAACGACGAGGAGAUCCAGGCGGCGGUGUCCACCCUCUACAGGUCGGGACUCGUGGUGGAGCCGUCGGGCUCCGCAGCGUUCGCCGCCAUCGUUAGCAACAAGAUACCCGAGCUGGAGGGGAAGAACGUGGUGUGCAUCCUCAGCGGCGGGAACAUCGGAAAAGACGAGCUUGCCAACUUCCCAGACUGACAAAUAUUCACAAUUGUAAUGUGACUUUUCUCACACGUCUCAGCCAAUACUUUGCUUUUUCUUUUGUGUCUUCAUAGUGUAACAUGCUGUGAAGAUGUAAAAACAUUCAGGUCUAUCAAAGUAAUUUCAGUGCCGGGUCACUCAAAGGUGAUUUUAAAGAACACAGCCAAGAUGUUUAAGACAACCAGUAUUUAAUAUUCUCUUCUGAGGCUGACGAGGUUUGAAUGAAAUUUGGCUCAACUCUGAAUCUUUCAUAUCAGUGUUGUGGCUGCAGACUUUACAUCACUGUCCUCUGCUGUCAGAAAAUGUGAGCCCACCAUCAACUGACAGAGACAAAAAUAACUGUAACGUACUGUAAAGGUUUAAAGGAAAGACUGAGAAGCAUGAAAAGUUGCUGAGGGAAGCUGAUGCUAAAUAAAGUGUUGUGACUUCC